GUUAUGCGUGAGCUCAUGGGAAUUUAAAGAACCAUUCUUUCUAGCAGCAGCCAAUAGGAAAGCGGCAGGUGUCUUCGGAUAUGUAGAGAGAAAGGUCAAAAAGGAGAUAAGGCAGGUGUGGCUUGAGUGAUUCCAGGGAGCAUGCUAGUGAACCAGCUCGGUGGGUAAUGUAGUAGCAGACAAUCAUCGUCAGCAGAUGGCUUGCUGUUUCACCAAUUCUUCUUUUCUAGCGUGGAAUAAUGGAAGCACGAGGUGCUUCUUUGAUUGGAAUAUAGGAAGAAACAACAAAGAGAAUAAGCCUCAGCCCAAGUACCAUGAUGAUGUUGAUCUUCCUUUUUCAUCAUCACUUGUAAAGAAAACAUUCUUGAAAGCAGGGAGGGAGCUCAAGUGCUGUUACAAGGCCACAGUGGAUGGGUUCAGUGCCACGGAUUUCCACAACUGCUGUGACUUCAAGGGACCAUGUGUCAUCAUUGGCUACACAAACAAGGCCUUCAAGUUUGGUGCAUUCAACCCUGAAGGCUACAGGAGCACGGAUGAUUACUACGAUACGUUCGACGCGUUCCUCUUCUACUGGACAGAAGACAAGAAGAUUGAUCCUGUUAUUUUGCCCAAAGUUGGGGGUAGCGGUGCAGCUCUCUUUGAUUAUGCUCGGGGUGGUCCCCAGUUCGGGGCCGACGGGCUCCUCAUCGGGCCACCACUGGCACCAGUUAUGGGUGGAUUCGCGGGCCCAGAUACUAACUCGGGCGUGGGUGACCUGAGACAAGCUAAGUCCAGGUUGGGACUUUCAUACGCAAAAAGGGAAGACGGAAAAGAGUCUAUUUUCGGCGAUGAGUCCCGGGCUACUGUAGCGGAAGUGCAAGUGUUUUGCAGUCCUCAAAUUGCAAGCUUGUACUAAAUUGAACGGACAGAUAGACAACAGCAAAAGAUUCUACCAAACAAAAGGCCGUGAUGCCAAGACCAGGUAUUCUUUCUUUAUGUGACACAAAUACAUGUAGAGACGUAAUCAAUUUGAGAGACCUAACUAGGAGAAUCUGGAAUUAUUAUUUGUCCAUUACUUGAUGCUCCACUUUGCUUCUCUUCUUAAAGUAACUUAUUGUAUCAUCUUUACAUGAAUGUUAAAUAAGGCAUGAGGCGGUGGGGAAUACUCCGAAAGCUUCGGCCGAAGGAUGGAUCAUAGUUUAAA